AACGUGUUGGUUGUGUGGUACAAGAUUGUUCGUCAUGAUAUAUUGUGAAAAGUAGCGCCAUGAAUUCACGCACAUCCUUUUUGAUGAGAUGUUGACGUUUAACUUUUCACCGGCUAUUGAAUUGGUAGAAUAACGUGUGAAGAUUUGCCAGCUUUUAUCAUAUUUAAGUGUUUUUGUUGCCUGCGAUGGAGAAACAAAAACGUCAACGAAACCGUCCUAAAUUACCUUACAGCGAUGACGGCGACGUGUACCCUAAUGGCGGUAAUGUCUCCAGAAACGGAACUUCUUCAAAUUCAUGCAAAGGCAAAACGUCGGCCGGAGCCUACGGCCAUCCUCAUUCAAAUACUUCUUCUAAAAGAAUCAAGUACGACUCCAACAUGAAAAUGGAAGAAGUGAAGUCUGACAUCGACUCGUCUCCUACAAACAACUCGGUAGCACGAAUUGAAAUUGAUGCUGACAGCUCGGAAACCGUUGCAACGCGUCAAAAAAUCCAUUACUCUGAUGUAAAUUUCAUCAAAGUGGAAGUCGAUGAAGAUCAGAGAGAGACGGUGGUGAGCAGCGUGAGCAGCAGCAAUGAGCAUCAUAGUCCUUCACAGGAUGACACCGUCAUCACAUCUGUACAGAGCACGUCUCCAUACCAUGGGACUCCACCAUCGGCAGGGCACUUUGUGUUGGUGGAGCGCAGCGUACCACCCGUCCAGCAGCACCACGCUCCCAACCACCAGCACCAUGCACCUCACCACCAGUCCUCCUACAGCGGCCUUAACUCUGACUCUGAAGAUGUGUUACCACCGCCCAGCCUUCCACAACGCAACUCUCGUUAUGGCUGGCCAGGGUCGAAAGACAUGGGCGAGGAGGUGUACACGCUGCAGGUGCGCGGCAAGAAGCUCUACGACUUCCUGCGAGAGGUCAAGAGCCUGUACCUCAAGACCCAUCCUGAGUACGCCGACCUCAUGGACGACGACCUCAAGACCGAGUACCAGCAGGACGAUGACCAGGUCAAAUUUGAGGACGAGGCUCUACAGGCGACGAGGGACAUCGCCCUCGUCGAGGAGCGCAUGGAGAUGACGUCGUCGUCUCGCCAGCAGACGCAGGUCCUCUACAACGACGGGCCUUCUCCACGCUACCUCCACCACAACCACCAGGGCAACUCUAACCAACGCAUCAUCAACGGUCACGCUCGUCUUGGCAACAUCAUCAUCCACAGCAGCAAUAACGGCUCUCCUGUGGCGCGAGUUGCAAGCAAAAGCAUCAUAAACUCGAACGUCGAGACGUGUGGUGGUCGAGUUCUGACGUAUUCGAACAACAGGGACAUGGAGGUAAUGGAAUCAGAGUAUAUUAUUAAUGACUCUGAUUCUCAAAACUCGAAUCGAAACUCGGGCAAUAUGAUCACAUCCCAAAACAACUCGAUUAACUGCAACAACAGUUCAUUCUCUCAGCAACAGCAGCCCAAUAGACAGNCACCAGACCAACAUUGGUGA